AUGGCGUCCGGAUACGGCUUGCACGGCGGCCCGUCCCGCUGCUUUCCCUUCUGGCAGGAGCUGCUCUCAUGCUAUGUGAUCAACGCCACCGACGAUGACGGCACAGGCAAGAAGCAGUGCGCCCCCGCCCUCGAAGACUACUACGAAUGUCUCCACCACCGGAAAGAGGCGCUGAAGCUGCUGCAAGCCGCAUACCGCCAGGCCGAGGCCAAGAAACUACAGGAGAACCCACCGAGCGCGGGGCAAAUACGGAAUCUGGGACUACUCGACAAGGAGGAGGACACAAAGAAGCAAUGCGGGUUUCAGAUCUACCGCAUUUUGGCUUGCGCGUUCCGAUCUGAAGACAUUAUGCCGUAUCUUCGUGGGAUCGAAGUGUCUUUGAGCACGAAACCGAAGAACGAACCGAUCCCCGAGUAUCCCCAUCCAGAAGGCGUAUCGGCGCAACUACUCGAGGCUAGCGCAAAGCAGUGCAAUGGAGGAGGCUUGAAGCUUAGGGCCGGGCCGACGGUCUCAGUCUACAUCCCCUCCGUCCCUGAAACCCAAUUUGCUCUGAACUACAACAUCAACUCGACGCCGCCGGAACCGUGUAAAUACAUCUUCUUUCGGCUGUACGUCAAUGCCCGUCCCAUCGCCUCGUGGGGCAUCGAUCCGGGAGUUCAAACACAUGGCAAGGUAGUCAGGUCCUUCUGGGCGCCCAGCGCCCGGUGCAGCAGUUGGUACAGCGAUCAAGGGGCUGAUUCUGACAAGAUCGAAUGCCGAACCUUUGUUUUCCUCCCCGGUUUAGAGCGCCGGUCCGUGGCCGAGGACGGCGGCGUCAUCGAGGUCCAAGUCUUUCGCGCAAAGAAUCGCAUCGUUCGUACGCCGAAGUUGGAGGAAUACCGACACCGCGAGAACUAUGGAAUCGCUGAACCCAGCAUGGGACUUUUACCGCGCCCACAAGAGGCGCACUUUUACGAUUGGGUUCUCGUGGACCCCAAAGACGCUCCGUUUGUCACGUUUCGGUUCCAUUAUCGCUCGUUGAAGAACCUACAGGAUCUGAACCUCAUCCCGACGAAAGAAUUGGAGCUUCUCUGCACCGCCUCCCCGAAGGCCGUCCGGGCAUUCGCCGCUAAGCAUACGCCCGGUCUUGUGAGAAAGGAGCCGGUAGAUACAAAAGAGUCGGGAGGACAGUCGUCUGGGUCAGACAACACCAGUUCGGACGGCGCUGUCUUCCAUGACUGCAAAGAGAAGCCGGACGAGAACGAGAACCGUGAGGACGAGGAUACCAACAACUACUCCCUCAAAAGCCCACCGGAGCUCUUUACCGCCACCCUACCCAACGUUGCUAUCCCUCAGCCUAGCAAGGCCGCCCGUGACGGGCAGAUGGAACCGUAUUCUCGGCGGCCUUUGCCAGAACUACCUGGGGAUGACCCUAUCCAACUAUCAAGGCGAUCCUCUGCUUCGUCUGUUAGGUCGCGGGCCGUAUCCAUCGCCGCUUCGCUCAGAGAAUGGGUCGAAGGUGAGAGUUUCAACCCCGAGGAAACAGAGCUCGGAGUUGCGCAAAUCGUACAGAUCCCACGCACAAGCCCCGUCAUUGCCCGUGUUCAUGGCAAUGACAAACCUGAGGCAGUCGAGUCCUCCGAGUCAGAUUACGAGACAUCCCCGAUUGGCUCACCAGACGAUACCCUCCGUGUGCGAAGGAUCUCUCCUCGACGCUACUUACCCAUGACCGGCAGUGGACUCGAACGUGGAAUGGCACUCCUGGCAUCGCCUAAACAAGCCGCUAGUCUGGACAAAGGGGAAGAGGGCAAGGCAUUGCAUCCGGGCGCCUGUGGCUCCGACCCCACCCUUGUUGGAUCGGCAGGCUCGACGUCUGCCGCGCCCACUCUUGUGGAGGCUGAGGAACACUCGUCGUUCACGCCCGAGCGUUCCAGCGGUAUGAGAGCGCGGGAUGGUGAAAGCCACGACGAGAAUUCCUGUCCCGAGGGUAAUACCGCGACUGCUGAAGCGGGUAACAGGAGCCAUCGUAGGUCGUUGUUUUCUGGAUUUCGUAGGAAGAAGAACCGGACCAGCGGCUCGCCGACCAGAUCGCCGCCUGGUGGUCGUGGAGAACGCGGAGGAGACAGCGAGGGGCCAAGCCACGGCAGCAUCGUCCAGCGGGCGGUGCGGAACUGGAGAUAG